GUCUCUGCUCCGCAUUUCUUCCUCUCACUCAAACACAUUUGUUCUUCUUCUUUUUUGAAGUUUCAUCUGAAUCAUAUCAUUUCCUUUUCAAAAGGAAAUAAUAAUGGGUCAUUUUUGGACUUUGAUCACUCAUCUUCAUACUAUUGCCGGGCCAGUGACGAUGUUGCUCUAUCCUCUAUAUGCAUCAAUAAUAGCUAUAGAGAGCACUUCCAAGUUGGAUGACGAGCAAUGGCUUUCUUAUUGGAUUCUCUAUUCCUUUCUUACACUUGUGGAGAUGCUACUUCAACCCAUUCUUGAUUGGAUACCAAUAUGGUACGAUGUGAAGUUGAUUGGUGUGGCAUGGCUAGUUUUGCCCCAGUUUAGAGGAGCUACUUUUAUAUAUGAAACCUACGUUAGGGAAAAGCUAAUCAAGAAAUAUGGAGAAUCACAUCAGUAUAAGUCUCCUGAGGUUAAGGCCAAAAAGAAAUCUGUACACUUCAUUACUCCAAUGAAGGGAGAAGAUGAAGCUUACUAAAGGAGCAUGUAUGAUGUUCAAGUUUGCUAGCUGUUGUAAUUUUAAUUCGACACUGGAAGCAUACUUUGUAUUACGGACAAGCUUAUUAUGAGAUCGGUUAUUCAUGUUGUUGAUAUCGAUAUUAUUCUGAAUAUGAGUUUAACUUUUAUACAUUAAGUCUAUAAAAAGAACUUUUACACUA